AUGAAACCUGGUCCAGACUUGCCAAUGGUCAUAUCUAGACCACACUAUAUUUCAGGAAGAGAUUGUGGGUACUGUAACGGAAAAAAAGAGGAUUAUCAUGCACUUGAGAGCCAGAAAAGUACCAAUGGCGAUAAAGAAUCCCAGUCAAUUACUAUAGGAUGCCAAGUAGAACAGAUGACCUGUCAGCAUUAUGAUGAAUUGAUAAAUCAGGGUUUUAGAAGAUCAGGAACAUUUUUAUAUAAGCCAGAUUUAUUAAGAGGAUGCUGUCGAUUGUUCACUAUCCGGACUGAUAUCAAUCAAUUGAAGGUGACCAAGGCCCACAGAAAGACUAUCAACAGAUUCAUAAGAGGCAUACUAGAUGAAGAAGAAUCUAAAGAGGGAAAUAAACAUUUUGACUUGCAUUCUCUAGUCAAGGCAGAGCAAAAAUCAAAAAGAUUUUAUACUAGGUAUGAGCCAUCUAAAUUUUCGAAAGAAAAGUUUGAAUUGUACAAGAGGUAUCAAGUGCAUGUCCAUAAUGACGAACCAAGCGAGGUCACUGAACGAUCUUUCAAGAGAUUCCUCUGUGACACGCCAUUCCCUGAGAAAGAAGUGAUGGGAUCACUGGGAGAUUGGGAUACAUUGAACCACUGGGUAAAGAAGUGGCAGCCCGAAAAUAACUCUCCAAGCCAUAGAGUUGGCCCUACUCAUGAAUGCUACUAUCUCGAUGGAAAAUUGAUAGCCAUUUCUAUAUUGGAUUUUUUGCCGACAGGGGUAUCAUCUAUAUAUUUCAUCUGGGACCCCGACUACGCCCAUUUGUCGCUUGGCACUCUAUCGGGCCUCAGAGAAAUCAUCAUGUGCAACGAGUUGCAACUCGGAUACUACUAUCUAGGCUACUACAUAGACGAUUGCCCCAAAAUGAGCUAUAAACUGAAGUUUGGCGGCGAGCUUCUCGAUCUAUGCAAUGAGGUGUACUUCCCAUUGCCCGCAGUAAGCGAUUUCAUCAAAAAUGGUCGUUUUUUCGUCGUAGGAGAUGCUGCUAACUCAGACAACGAUGCAUACUCUCACGAGCUUGAAUUGGAAAAUACAGGCCAUCCUGUAGAUGUUUCUGCCUCUGAAUUCCACAAUAAGGCCCUAGUAGAUGUGAGUGAGAAAAUCUACGCGAACGACUCUAUCUACGACGAUGCCAAAAGUGCCCUCGCCAUCUUGCAAAAAUCGUAUGGUAUUGGCUCUGCAUCUGACGCAGUCUACAGGUUACCACCAGUGGUUCCAGGAAUCAUUCCCCUUUGGCAAAUACUUGAAUGGUUUCAUUCGGGAGCCAUUGACAAUGGUUUGCCAGUUUCCAUAUUUACAAUGAUGACAGCAGACCUCAAGGAAUGUGAUUUUGGUCAGCUUAACCCAAUAGGGAAAUCGAUUGUUAUUGACUGCAUUAGAUUAUUUGGUUUAGAGAAGUUCCAGGAUUGUAUUAUUUUGGUCUAA